AUGGCGUUAGCAAAUAGUGUUGCGGAAUUACUCGCUCGGUUCACCAACGAUACGUCGCUUGCUUCAAUCGUCACAUCGGUGGUGGCGUGUUCUCUAGGCCUUUUCUACUUUGCGUUCUAUAGUAGACGCGCCACUACAAACGCGACAUGGUAUGCUCUUACUAGCGAUGCCCUCAAGAGCCGGUCCAAACAGCAAGAGCAAUGGAUCACCAAUUGCCAGGAGGUUCUUUACGGAGGAUUGAAAAAGGUCAAAAGAGCCAUAGCAACAUGGUCCCCUACCGGACCUGUUGUUUUCAUCCCAAACUCAUUCGCGCAUGAGAUUCGGAAUAUGAAGGAGCUUGAAUUCGGAAAAAGCUUGGUAGCUGACUUUCUGGCUACCUAUCCAGGAUUGAAUCCUAUUGCAACCGUUGAUUUCCAUGACAUCAUGCAAGACGUCGUCCGGCUCGAUCUUACCCGAUCAUUAGAUGCUAUUGCCGGAGACAUGAAUGUCGAAGUUGGCGCCGCUGUCAAAGAUUUGCUGGACUGGAAAUCUAUAGACCUAAAACCGUUCAUCUACACUAUCAUCGCCCGGGUAUCUACCCUUGUUUUUCUUGGUCCGGAAGUUGCAACAAACCAGGAAUGGCUUGAGAUAGCCGUGACUUACACUUUGAAUCUUGUACGGGGAGCCCAAAAACUCCGUGCUGUACCUCCAUUCCUACGGUUCAUUGUACAAUGGUGGAUUCCUGAGCUUAAGCUGUGCAGACAACAAGUUACUAAGGCUCGAGAAAUCAUUAACCCGGUCGUUGAGGACCGCAUCCGGAGAAAGGCUACAGGAGAGAUCACCGAGAAGACUGCUGAUAUGAUUAGUUGGGUUGAUGACAAAGCCCGGGCGAAGGGUGUCAAGAUUGAUUUUGCCAGUCUUCAACUCAAUUUCGCAACGGCGGCACUGCACACAACUACCGAAACAAUAUCGUUUUUCAUGCUUGAUGUUCUCGGGAGUGAGAAAGAAACUGGAAACACUCUCGACCGACUGAGAAAAGAGUUGGUUGCAGUUUUAUCAGAACAUGGGUUGAGAAAGUCAUCGCUGUCUUCGAUGACGCUGCUGGAUAGUGCCUUGAAGGAGUCUCAACGCAUGAACACACUUAACAAUGCCGUGGCCAACGUAACGCUUUCCGACGGCACCAUUAUCCCCAAGGGUUUCAAACUCGCCGUCGAAUCCAAGAUGGACGACCCCGAACUCUAUCCCAAUCCCGAGAAGUUCGAUAUCGAUCGGUUUGUUCAGCUCCGCGAAAUCAACCGGAAUAAAUGGCAUUAUGUCACGGGGUCACCCGAACACUUGGCAUUUGGAUACGGAAAGCAUAUUUGUCCUGGCCGCUUUUUUGCGAGCAAUGAGAUCAAGAUCGUUCUUAUGCACUUGUUGAUCAAGUACGAUUGGAAGUUUGUACCCGACCAAGGACGAUUCCCGAGAUUUUGCUCGGGAACGGAAGUUGCGGUUGACCCUCGUCAGAAGCUCAUGGUGAAGAGUAGACCUGCGGAGAUCGAUUUGGGUUCGCUUUGA